AUGACUGAAAAGAAGGGUGUCAACAUCAAACGCACCGAUGCCUCCCAGUGGUGGGAGCUGUUCGAUACCAACACCUGCCGAUUCUACUACUACAAUGUGGCCUCGCAGAAAACCGUCUGGCACCGACCACACAACUGUGAUAUCAUUCCGCUGGCAAAGCUGCAAACGCUGAAACAGAACACCGAUCCUGGCGAUCGGAAGGAUGGUGGCGGAAGUAGCGGAGGAACCCUGCAGCAUCAUCAUCACAGCCUAUCCAAGCAUCACAGCGUGGGUGGCGGCCCAGGGGUAGGAGGAGGAUCCGGAACGGUCGGAAAGUCGUACGGCCUUCGGACGGGGACUGGCGUUAUGGACUAUCGGGAUCGGGAUCACCAUCGGAGUUCCAGUUCCGGCCAUCGCACCACCGGAAGCAGUCAGCGAAGCAACAGUGAUCUGCUCGCCAGUCCCCAGGGUCGCCACAAUGCUCAGAACAGACUACCACCCAAAACCACCGUCACUGAUGCUGGGUUUCUGAUGGGCCGCCCGGGUGUUGUUGGUCCGCCUCCUCCUCUCGUGGGGACCGGCGAUUCUCAUAAAUUUUGUAGACACGUCCAUUCGUCGGCGGGGAAUAAUACGGGAACUUCAUCUUCCCGCAGCAGCCACAGGUAUCUGGACUCGGGUAAGUCCAGCGACAGCAGUAUGUCCAGCAGCCACGACCAUCACCGGCGAAUGAUCAUCGAUAGCGGAAGUCUACGGGUGGGUACCGGUGGCACACGUGGCAAGAAACAUUCCGGAGAAAAUUGCUAUCGGAUCCUGCAGGAAAGUUCCAGCUCACACAACAUUCCACACUCGGUCCCAUCGUCGUCACAGGAAAAGCUAACGAUGGGCCACCACCAUUCGCCGUUGCCGCCACCUCAUCACCAGAUGUUGUCCUACUCGAUAUCCAACUCGUCGGAUCUGGCCGGAGGUGCCGGAGGCAAUUUGUCUUCGCCGUCUCACUCGAUGAGCACACCGCAGUUCAAGAAGAAAUUCAUGCACGACGGCAAUCCUGGCGGCACAGGGCUUGGCUCGAAAUCAAACAGUUCCGCAGGUUUGAAGGAUGGCAGCGGUGGUGGACUGGUGUCGAAACAUGAAAGUUUCGACUACACUGGAAAUCCUGUUUCACAAAUCUCGCUUACACGGUCCGGAAGUUUCCUAUCGGCUGCCGGUAUCACGUCGGCCGGGCCUGUUGGUGUAACACCGGCCAGCAGCACUCGACCGUAUCAUCACCACAGCCAGUCAGCACAACCACAGCAAGGCUCGUCCUCCUCCUCCCAUCGGAAAGGUAGUUUUGAUGGGAACAACGGUGGUGCGAGUGAUGAUUCUAUGCACGAAAAAUAUUUCAAAUCGGUUGAAAACACUCCGAUCUCGAGGAGACGGCACACUACCACAUCAUCGACGAAAACGUCUUCCAUGGCACAGCCGCCACCGCCAUCACACCAGAAACAUUCGAGCGAUUCGAGUCCCCAGAGCCCCAUCAGUCCGCAGCAACAGCAACAACAGAAGGUUCCACGUCCUUCCGCCUUGGCCGUUGAGGUCUCGCCAAGUUACAACAAAUCUAGUCAUAAAAGUAAUGAUUCCGAACUCUUCAACCUGGACAUCAUGAGUAAGCCAGAAAAGUAUUUGGAUAAGAUGAAAAUCGACAAAGGUAAAGUGUCCCCAAGUUCAGUUUCAAUGGGAACUGGCAGUGGAGGAGUCGGUCAAACGACAAGUAGUCUUCAUAAAACAUCUUCAUCGAGUGGAAAGCUUUCUUCUAGUCAAAACGAAAUGAAUGCUGCAGUUGGGCAGAAGCCCGGCUCCAACAACAGCAAGGAACAAUUCUCCUUGAAUCUCAACAAACCAAAUUUAGAUCGACACAACAAAGAAAUGCAACAACGACAGCAAACGCUGGAAAAGAAAGCGGGCACUGGAUCGUCGCAAACUGUGGCUUCCAACAAUUCUGCUUCGCUCAACAAACAGGUCCCAGCAGUACAGCAGACCCAUGAGCGGAAGAAGGCUAAAAACGCUAAUACCCAAAGCUACGAUUUUGACUAUGACAAUGGCAACACCUCACCACUGUACUGCAAUUGGGAUAAGGAAAAGCUCGAACAUCUUCUUCCGCUGCAACAUUACAUCCUGGAGCAGGCCAAGCUUUCCGGAUGCUACGGGUUCGGAGAUUUCCUGGACUCGGAUUCGUUCCACUCGGACAGCCAAUCGGAGCACUCAUUCUCCGGCCAUGAACCAGACAACGAAGACUCCGAUCACUCGGAUGGCCAUGGAGACUAUCUGGCGCACUAUCCUUACGAGGAGUACGGAGCGUUCCGGAAAGACGAAGGCGAAGGUGGUGGUGUUUCGUACUACAACAUCGAUUUCAACUUUGGGGAUCGAGAGGAGAAGGAAGAUAUUUCCGAAGAAGUUACGGCCAAGUUGGAAAGUAUACAGGACCAAAUCUAUAGUCCGGUUAAGAAUCACCCGCCGCUGCACAAAUUCUCCCCGUUCCAUGCCGCCAAACAGAGUCUGGAAAGCUCGGGGUUCGGGUCGGAUUCCGUGGAUCGGGGUGCAUCGGCUGACAGUAGUCAAGCCAGUUCCCAUGGGCAGAACAAGACGGCUGUAUCCAAGGCAAACCUGUUGCAACGCUUCCAGGAGAAUUUGAUGGCCCACAGUAUGAUGGGAACAGUUGGCGGCCCGACCGAUAAGAUAGCGGAGAUGGCACUGCUGAAGGAGUGCGAUAUCGAGAAAUUCGCCCAGGAUAAUCUGAACUUGCACUCGAAGGGUAUUUUCCGAAAGAAGUCUUCUAUACAGGACAUGUUGAGCUGGACCCCUAAUGCCAUAAGUCGACCAAUGCUUUCGCUGGCGAGAGACAAGGCGGGCAAGAAGAUGGCAACGGAGUUGUUCAAACUGGUUCAAAUCUAUAUGGGUGAUCGCAAGGCUCGGGUAGGAAUGAGUCUAAAUUCGGUGGCAAUCGAUAUCAUCACAAUGGCAAUGGGCCAGGCCCAACUCAGAGAUGAAUUGUACAUUCAAAUGUGCCGUCAAACGACGGAAAAUCCUAGCAGAGAUUCGCUCAUUCGUGGUUGGGAACUGAUCGCGAUUUGCUUGUCGUUCGUUCCUCCUUCACCAACCUUCCAACCGGCUCUAUUGGGUUAUAUAAACAGGCAUCGGGAUCCUUCGUUCGCUACCAGUUUUCCAGAAGUAGGUAAAUGGCCGAUACAUGUACAGAUUUCGCACUAUGCCACGAUAGCCUGUCGAAGGCUGGAUCGAAUCGGUAGUUCUGGUCGAAAGCAGGCCAAAAAGCCAGGUGAAGAUGACAUCAAUCAGGCACGGGAACAGAUAUUCCGGGACAGUAUGUUCGGAAAUACGCUAUCUGAAGUUAUGGAUCUUCAGAAGGACAAGUUCCCGGAUCGACAGCUGCCUUGGAUACAAACGACGCUUUCCGAGCAGGUACUACUACUGAAUGGCAAACAAACUGAGGGAAUAUUUCGUGUACCAGCUGAUGUUGAUGAAGUCAGUCUUCUGAAAAACCGUAUCGAUCGGUGGGAGUUCCCAGAAAAUAAAGGAACUAUGGAUGCCCAUGCACCUGCUAGUCUACUAAAGUUGUGGUACCGAGAGCUGUACGAUCCACUUAUCCCGGAUGAGCUGUACGAUGAAUGUGUGGCCACGGAAGAUCCCGUAGAAGUGGCUGCCAUAGUAGAAAAGUUACCCAAAAUCAAUCGACUAGUCCUCACCUAUUUGGUCCACUUCCUACAGCAGUUUUCCCUGCCGGACGUAGUAGCAAACACGAAAAUGGACUCGUCCAAUCUGGCCAUGGUGUUUGCGCCGAAUCUGCUCCGCUGCCAGUCCCAGGAUCCGAAGGUGAUACUAGAAAACGCUCGCAAGGAGAUGGCCUUCAUGCGCACACUGAUACAGCACAUGGACACAAAGGCUGUGGCGUAUCUGGUUUGAUUUUCUCGAAUGGUGCUGAAGCAGCCGUAUUUUAUUUUUGUUUCUCGAAUUGUAAAGUGAGUUCACAAUCAAAUCCGGCUUAAUGCCACUGAAGGUUAGGUUGUUCGAGGGAAUGAGCUAAGAGCAAAACAGCUGAACCUUUGAAUCAAAAUUCUGCCGGAUCACACCAAAGUCAAAUUGUACAGAAUUUAUUUAGUUUUCUUUAAGAAUAGGGUUUUCAAUUGUUUUUUAAAGUUGUUACAUUUUAAGUUGGUAUUUACGAGGGGGUUACAAGUUCUGUAUCUAACCGUGUAAUUAUAUACUAUCGGGGUAAGCAACAAAGUCGAAUUUAAAAAAAAAAAAGAUCUCAACCGCGAAUACUCCAUCACCGUACUAGCUAGUGACGAAAUAAAAAAAGCUUGAAUGCGCAAUUCAGUUCAGGAUUUCAAAUGUUACAAGACUGCCGAACAAACAACACGUUUCCGAUCGUCGCUUCCGGUUAAAUGAGAAAUUGGCUGACCCCCAUGUUUCGAAUGUAAAGCCACAAUCUCAAAAGGAUUUCACAAAUUUUUCGACUAAGUUACCUUAUGUGAGUCAUUAUUUUAUCCAGAUUAAACUAUGUAUAUGUGGUUUCAAAUCAUUUAUGUCCACGAGUUGAGUUCAAACGAAAAAAAUAUCCUACCCUUUUAUGAUAGAAACAAGAAAAAAAUUGAUAAACUACAAACAAUAAGUAAAAUAUUUAUUACUUUUAUCACACACACACACACAUAGUCAGAGAGUAGCUUCGCUUUGAAUUUUGCGCCAUAAGAUGGUUGAAGUUUUUCGAAACCGGACGAAAUAUAUUAAAAUACCGAAUACACAAAACAGGAACGCUAGCCGCAAACCGAUAACAUAAAACACUUGUUCAAUUUUGGAAGUUUACAAUAGAAAAUUUGGCAAAACGGCAGCUUUUUUACAAAAUUCUACAAUAAUGGUUCAAUAAUAAAUUGAAGUUAUCUUUCAUUUUAUUUCGUCACUGUCAUUUAAAUCCUAAACUCAAUUAGUACUCUUCUUCCGUGUUAGGUUUUUUUUCACUUUUACAAUCUGAUGAGAUGAGCUUCAGUUUCUAGGGUCUUCCUAUUAAAUCUCUUUCUCCAUUGUCACUUCUUUACAAAAAAACAAACUUUCAUCAAAACUACCGAGUUAAACCGAUGUAAUUUAAAAAAGAGUAAACAAAUUUGAACAGUUUAGAACAGUUCCAAACAAUAAGCCCAAAUGCGUUGAAGCAGUUCAGUUUGUUAAUUGACUAUAAAGGGUAUAUUUGUUCAACAGUAACUAAUGAACUUCUGCUUAUCAUAGCAUCAAAUCAAGAGGAAGCAAAUACGAUUUAUUAAAAUGUGAUGAAUAGUUUAACCUGAGAAACAAGAACGGAAAGAGGGAUAAUAGGGAGCUGUGAAUGUUGUUUCGUUUAAAGUGAGAAUAAAAUAGUACCAGUUAGAAAUUGCCAUUGACAGGACAAUGUGUAGAAAUGCUUUAGAGAGCACAGUAAUAUACGCGCAAUUAUAUCUAACUGACACAAUCAGUCACUAAACCAUUCGGAAGAUCAAUAGAGCGAAAAAACAAAUUUGAACACAAGAGUGUUUUAUUGAUUCAUAAAAUUCUAUAACUGCAUUAAAAAAGCUGCUUACUGACAAGAAGUAAUAUCUGCUGGGAAGCAAAUAUGGCAAUUGCGCGUUACACUUAAAAAUCCUUAAAGCGAGAAAAUUCAGUCCAAAUUUCAGAAAACUAAACCUAUCAAUCGAAUAAAAACAACCAACAUAUAGUACUGGCAGAGGGCAAAUGAACAUAGUGUAAGAAAUCAAAUAAGGGGAUGACAAAAAUUAGGAAACAGUCGUAAAUUAUUAUUAUCUGAGAUAUAUAAUAUAUUAAAAAGAUUACGAGGGCGUAAAUGAUGUGAACACAAUAAAGUCAUAAAGUAAAAGCAAGAAAAUAUUAACUAAA